AUGUCCGCCCGCUGCCGAAUGCGUCCACUGCCGCCAGCCACGUCGCCCGGCCAAUCGGAGGCCGCCACAUCAGUCGCGCCGCCGCUCCCCUCCAACCACAUCGCACCACCUCACCCUCUCUCCCUCCCUCCAGCCGCGCGCGCUGCCAGGCCCACCGAGCCCAGAUGCGGCCCACGCCGGGCUGAACCGGGCCCGACAGAGCCCCGCUCCUCCGCGCCGCCUCCCGCCUCGCCGGCGCGCCCAUUCACUCUGGCCACCGCCCGCUGUAGUCGCUCCGGCGGCCGCCCGGCCCCCCGCGCCGCCCGUCAGCCUCCUCGCCGGUCCGCUCCCACCGGCGACCCCAUGUGCUUGCCUCCCGCCAUCAGAGGCCCGCAGGAGCGCACCCCGCCGUCGUUCGACCUCCUGCCGGCCCGCGCCGCCGACCUCGCCUCGCCGACUUCUACCUCGUCGCCGGCCCCUGCUCGGCGGAGAUACGGCGCCGGCCACCUCGAAGCCGUCAUCCCGAUCUGGGCGCCGUCGUCCCGAUCCGGCCUCGUCCGCCAAUGA